AUGUCUUUCAAGUUCCCAGAUCUCUCGUCUCUGCAACAGACUUUGCAGCAGACCUCCCAGCAAUUGCAACAAUCACUGCAAGACGGUAUCCAAACAAGCCUCAAAGAGGCUUCCACCAUCAACGACAGUUUGUCUCCCUUGUUCAAAAGAACCACCAGGUCUUUGCAGGAGAGGUUUGGUGGCACUAAUGAUAUCAGCGAGUUGCCAAGAGAAUACAUUGAAUUGGAGAAGAAGGUUGAUAGCUUGAAGGUAUUCUACAAGAAGACCUUAGUGAUCACCUCCCAAUACGAGAUUGAGAGCUACGACUAUCCUCCUAACAUCAGAGAGUCGUUCCAGGAUGUCACCAAGACCUUCAGUGAGAAGAUCCAUGGGUUGUCCCAAGCCACGACUACUGCUGAGGCAGAGGCCGUCCUGACUUCUUCUUCAGCCACGGUGCAAGUUCCAAAGACGUUUGCUCACUCGUUGUCAAAGACUUUGAAAUCCAACAGAGAAACUGUCUUGGCAGCUAGCAGCGAAGAGGAAACCGGUCUCUCGAAGGCGUUGCUCUUGAUUGCUGACGCCCAGUACAAAAUUGGUGACGAGAGACUCGAGCAGGACAAACUCAUUAUCUCUGAGUUCAACAACAAGAUAAAGAACAUCCUCGACAACGAAUUCACAGCCACAUCGAAGGACCGCAGAAGUGUUGAGAACUCGAGACUAACUUUCGACACUCUGAGAGCUGAGAUCAAGGCUUUCCAGAAUGGCGACGACACAGUUGAGGCUCCUGAGGCUUUGCAGAAGAAGUUGGAGGCUGCUGAAGACGAACUUGUCAAUGCCACCGAGGUUGCUGUUGAGUCUAUGAAGAAGCUGAUCUCACCUACUGCCUCAAUCAACUUGCUGAAGGUCUUCUCUAAGAUCCAACUCAACUACCACAAGACUGUUGCCGAACAGCUAACCACUCUGGUUGACCAAUUGGAGGCCUUGCCUGCUGACGAGGAUAAGGAUUAG